UAUGUCGUUUGAAAAGUUGGAGCUGAAACUGAAAGAUCUAUACGAAUUUCGCAAAAACUAUUUUCUUAUCCAUCCAAUUGAAGAUGCGUCUUUAAAAGAUGAAAGAAUUAAUUCGAAGGUCGAAGAAAUAGUAGAAUCGAUAAAAGAUGUCAAGAAUGAUGCCUGCAAGUAUUGCAACGAGAGAGGUGAUGAAGGUUUGAGUCGACAGCAGUUGGCCAAUCUCUGUUGGAUUGAAGGGAAAGCACGAAAUGCUUCUUCUGCUUUUGACCCUCUGUGCCAGGAAAUGUUAACGAAAGCUCUGAAAUUGAACCCCGAGUUAGGAAACACUACUGAUAUCCACGUGCAGCUGGGCGAGUGUUUCUGGAAGAAGGGCGAUAAGGACGGGGCCCGACUCAGUUUCGAACAGAGUCUCCAGUCCUCACAGCCAGAUAUUACGAAGCAGGGCAAGAGGAAUCUCUCAAUCCUCAUGCGACAGGUGGCAGCCGCUAGCAAUGAUCAAGAGCAUCAUAUGGAGUACAUGGAGAAAUCCAUCAAAUUGGUUAAGGAAGCAAUUCAGAUCGACUUCAUGGAUGGUGUCUCGUGGUAUAUUUUGGGAAACGCUCACUUCUCCCAGUUUUUCGUCGACGGGCAGAAGCCAGAGACGUUGAAGCAGGCGUUGCAAGCGUACAAAAAUGCUUUCAAGGACGAACUGUCGAAUUACAACUGUGAUCUGCUCUACAAUUACGGAAUACUACUCAAGUUCCAGGAAAAAUACGAAGAGUCACUAAAAUCUCUGCAACUAGCCUCGAAGUUAGACCCUGUUUGGAGUGAAGCGGAAGAACAAGCAACUAACAUGGAGUUAUUACUAACUCAACUGACGGAUCUGAUUGCAUCUAGAGGAGGAUUGAAGCAGAAACAGUUUGAUAAAAUAGUGUCAAAAUUUGACCUCAGUCAUUUGGGACCGUUCAGUGAACCAUUUAAAGACCCUAAAACUGAGACUUUAAUCGGUUUAAAACAGUGUAGUUUGAGCGAGCUUUCGAAAAGCGAACCUGCAAGUAGUAAAAACUUAAAUCAAGACAAAGUAUGUCUUCUCAAGGUAAUCGGAGAGCUGGGUCUUAAUUUACAACAACCGCCCUAUUUCUGCAUAGCCUCAGAUUCAGCCGCAGACAUAUGUGCCGUAUCAGUUUUCAAUGCGGCCAGCAAUUUUCAUCUGCAACGUGGUGAUUCUUUAGCGAUCAGGCAACCUUUUAUUACGGAACAUAGAUUUGAAAUCUUCUCAUUAAAAGAUCAAAAAUCUUCAGAAAAAGAACGAACCGAGAAAAGUGUGAAUUUUUGUUUAAUCAGAGUCAAUUCACCUGUGGAUUUGGUGGUUAAUGGGAAAAAAGGAAAUAAAGGCAUGCAGGUAUUCGCAUCUGUGGGAGUUGAAGCAAAGGCUAGUUAAAAUCAACGGUGUUCAGAUUGAUAGCAAUUGGUUUUGUAGAAGCUUAAAUAGUGUGCAGUCAAAUAUGGCAAAUUUGCGAAUAUUCUGAAGCUUGCAAACUGAUCUAUAUCUCUAUUCCACGUAGAUUUUUUCCUAUAAAUAUUUGUAA